AUGUUAAGUGUUUUAUUGCCAAAAAUAGUGGAGGUUGUUGCACGUGGCAAUAGCUUCUGUUCACAGCCUUUCUUUAAAAAAGGUCAUUUCGCUAUUUCUGCUUUAGCUAAUAUUUUAUGUGGCAGAGCAAUGAUGAGGGCCACGUCUGUACUUGGUGUUGGCUUUAUCGCAAUUAUACUCGUUGGUUUCCUUGGUUUAUAUCAUUCAACACAUCCAGUGAGACAGCCAAAACCAGAAUCUGUUGAAGAUUAUCGCCAGACAAUAUCAAAUAAACUUAUGAAAAAUAUAAAAUCGGAAAAUAUAGAAAAUAAUUUGCAUUUAUUAACAACUCAUCCACAUCCGGCUGGAACGAAGGCUAAUAAUGAUGUUGCAGAAAAGAUUGCAGCGCUGUGGAAAGAGAAUGGCUUAGAAGACGUUCAUUUCGUUUCGUACGAUGUUUUAUUAUCUUAUCCGGAUUAUAAAAGGCCUAAUCAUAUGAUAAUAAUUGGCGAAGAUGGUAAACAAGAAUAUAAAACGAAAGGUGUUAGUCCACCUAUUAUCAAGGAAGAGCAAAGUGAUGAUGCUGCUGGUGUACAGUGGGUUGCCUAUUCGGGAAAUGGCCUGGUUGAAGGAAAUGUAGUGUACUGCCAUUAUGGCAGAAAAAAAGAUUUCGAACUGCUGCAAGAAAUUGGAAUUAAUAUAACGGGCAAAAUUGCCAUGCUAAGGUAUGGUUUUGGAUUUCGUGGCGAUAAAGUGGCUAAUGCACAAAAAUAUGGAGCAAUUGGUGCCAUUCUAUUCUCAGAUCCCGGUGAUGUUGCGGUACUUGGUAUAAAUCAAGAAUUUAUCUAUCCGAAUACGGAAUGGAUGCCACAUGAAGGUGUGCAACGAGGUACACUCAUGCUGGGUGAUGGUGAUCCUUUGUCACCCCUGUAUCCGUCUAAAAAAGAUAUGUUUAGGUCACGCACAGUUACUGAGGCUUUGGAUCUUGGUAUAAUUCCUUCGAUUCCUGUUUUACCUCUCAGUUAUAUUGAUGCUUAUCAAAUACUUCUUCGUUUGGGCGGUUUCGUUGCACCACAAGAAUGGCAAGGUGGAUUGAAUAUUUCAUAUCGUUAUGGUCCAUUUAUGAAAAACAAUCAAAAAGUUCGGCUUAGCGUCCAUUCAACAUUAAGUAAAAGAAGAAUAAAAAAUAUUGUGGGAUAUAUUUAUGGCUUCGAGAAUCGAGACCAAUACGUGAUGCUUGGUAAUCAUUAUGAUGCAUGGGUGUAUGGAUCAAUUGACCCAAAUAGCGCAACUGCUGUCCUGGCUGAAGUCGCUCGAGCAAUGGUAGAAACUAUCAAAGAAACGAAUUGGAGGCCAGCGAGGACAAUAAUGUUUUGCAAUUGGGAUGCAGAAGAAUAUGGCCUUAUUGGUUCAACGGAAUUUGUUGAAGAAUUCGCGAAUAUUCUUAGCCAACGAGCGAUCGUCUAUCUCAAUGUCGACAACAUCCAUUCUAAUCAAUCCUUAUCGGUUGCUACGAUUCCAACCUUGUAUCAAACUGUCACUGAAAUAUCUAAGAGAAUUCCAAAUCCGAUGCUAAAUGAAGUAAAAAAAGGUCGAACCACUGUCUACGAUACAUGGAUUAAAACAUUUCCAAAUGAGAUCGAUUUUCGUCCGGACGCACCAAAAAUGAAAAUACCAGGAUCAGGUAGCGACCAUGCUGCUUUUCUUUUCUAUUUGGGAGUACCAGUUGUUGAUUUUUCUUACAGGAAUGCAACCACAAAUGAUAACUAUCCACUUUAUCAUACGCUUUACGAAACACCUUUCACAAAUGAACACAUUAUUGAUAGCAACAAUCUCGCAGUUCACAAAGCGAUUGGGCAAUACUGGGCAGAACUUGCAAGAGAGUUUACGGAUUCGGUUGUACUUCCUUUAAAUAUUACGGAUUUAGCGAAUGCAUUGGUCAAAAUAUAUAUGCCAGAACUAAGGCGGACUAUGGAAGAUAUAAAACAUCAUGCUGAGAUGAUAAAAGAAGCAAAAUUUCAGCUCAGCCACUUAAUUUUCUCCUUUUUCGCUAGUUUCAAAACAUUUCAGGAAUUUUUACGCAGUGCGCAACAUUUUGAAUUUGUAAUAUUGGAGGCAUUACGAAGUUUUGCUUUGAAUCCUUACGAUCCAAGAAAAGUGUCCUUAAUUAAUAGUCGUAUUAUGGGUGUUGAUCGUUGUUUUAUAAAUCCUCGUGGCCUGCCUAACGAUCCAUCGGAACGACAUGUUCUUUUCAGUUUAAGCACAAAAAAUCGUUAUUCAGCUAGAAUAAUGUCUGUCGUGUAUGAAAAGGUGCAAUCUUUUCUGUAUUAA